UAAAUGUUAAAGCUUUUCUAAAAAGUUAAAAAGACAAAUUUUAAACGAUUUUAACAUGCUACUAUCUUUUAUCAUUUUACUUAAAGGAAAAUUAUAAAAUUUCCCAAAUCCAUAUAAAACUUGAGUUUCUGACAUUUCAUAUUAAAACCUACAUAGAUCCAUUUUAAAGAUUUAGGCUUGUUUGCUUUUGUUUAAUUUUUUGUAUGAACUGUCACUUUUUUGUCAUUAUUAACAUUUUUGAAUAGCUACAAAAUUGAUUAGUACCUAUUAGGAAAAUAAUUAACCAGUAAAAUGCAAAGCUUUAAUAAUGGAUUAAAAUGAUGCAUUAUUUGUUCUAAUUAUUCGACGAUACUAAUAAAGAAAUUUGACCAGUAUUUCAUUCCUCAAUUAUUUUAUUCAUGGAACACAUUAAUACUCAUGAAAAGCAUUGUUUUGACUUCAAUCAUUAGCUUAUGUAGUAAGAUCGAAGAAAUUUAAGUGUUCUUGACAAAAAAACAUAUUAUUACGCUGUAUGCAGUUACUUCCUGAUUUGGGUUUCGGAUUUUAGGUCAAUGCUAUUUAGAUCUUUUCACAUUUAUUUUGCACUUAAAAUUGUCUGCUCGUGAAUUUACAAUAUACUAAUUUGACAACUACCUCUUGUUUUUAAAUCACGGUUUAAAAAAUGGAUCCCUAAUUAUCGUUGAAAUUCAAGAGCUUUUACUGAUACCUUAACUGCAGAAAAGUUUUCAAAUUGAAGUUUUUCGAAAUAUGUUCACUUCUACUGGUUUUUUGAAAUAUGCUUAACUCUGUAUUAUUUAUUUUUAUUUUCAUAAUACCGAAAAAUGUUUAUCAGUUUAUCCUUCAGCUCUAUUCCGGAAGCACAAUAGAUCAUUUUUUUCAGCCGCACAUCAAGAAUUUGUUAUGCUUUACUAAACUCUAUUUUCCAAUUUAAUUCUAAUAUUAAAAACUUAAAUCGUAUCCUUUUCUUUUUAACACUUUAAACAUGUUAAGGCUUUUAACUGCCUUUUGUGUUAUAAACCUACAAAAUUGAGAAUAUCUCAUUUUAAUAAGCUUUAAUUGAAUGUAGAGGAUCAAACAAAAGUUAAACUCACAGUUUUUCCAAGACUUUAAAAACUAAAAAGGUUAAAACAAUCACUCAAAGGUUAUAAAUAAAGAUCAAACAUUUUCACAAAAGUCACUUUAACUUCGUAAAAUAUGUGCUUUUAAUAAAAAAUAUUCCUAUUUCAUUCUUACAGAUUUCACAAAAAUGAUCGUAUUAAAAAAAACAGAAACAAAAUUUUUCGAUAUUGUGAUGAGUUAAUUUGUUUUCAAAAUAAAAAAAGAAAAAGAUAAAUGCUCAAAAAAAGAACUCAAAAUCUAACAAAAACAAAGGUUGUAUAAAUUUAAUAUUUUAACAAAAAUAAAUAAAUUAUAAACUUAUUUAAAUAAAAAUUAUGCAACAAAUAAAUAGUUCUACGAAACAAAGAAAAUUAUCUAAAUAUUUUAUUUAACAACAAAACAAAAAUUAUGUAAUUUAAAUUAAAUUAACAACAAAAAUAAAAAUUAAAAUAAUCAAUUUCUUCUAGACUACUCUUAUUCAAACUUAAUUAUAUAACAAAAUUUAAAACUUUGUAACUUAUAAAUUUAAAACUAAACAAGACAAACAAACAAACAAAAACAACAAAAAAAAAAACGAAGAAGAAAAAUACAAAAUAAAAAUUUAAUCCUUCAAAAAAUAAAAUUUUCAAAAUUAAUGGUUUGGAAUCAAAUAUAUAACACACCACACAAAAAAUAAAAAAUAAAAUUUUUAAUAAAAUAAAAAUAAAAUUAUUAUAAUAACUGUGUGUGGGUAUAUCAAAAAUUACGUUUCGGUUUUAUUUAUUCGCAAAGUAAAGUGUAUUAUCGAAACCCUAUAAAUAUAAAUAAAUAUACAUAUAUAAUAUAUUUGACUAAAAAAGUGUAUGUAUAUUCAUAACAAAAUUAAAAAAUUAAAGUAGGCUUAGCUGAAUGAAUAAAAAAAUUAUUUAAAAUAAAUAAAAAUUCAAAUGAGUGAAAACAACAUUGUAAUCCUACAGAAAGUAACAAAAAAAGUUGUGACUGAGUGAAGUUUAUUUAAGAAAAAAUAUAAACAAAUAAAAUUAACUAAAUCGACAUAAAUGAAUAUUCAACUAAAAUUUACAUCAAAAUUUAACUUAUGGAUCAAGGAUUUGUCAUACUUUUAAAAGUAGUAAAUAAAAGAAGUUUCCUUGCAAGCGUUUAGUUAAUUAUUUAAACAAAAGAACGAAAGGAAACAUCAAUCCAAACAAAGACAAAUUCAAACAAAACAAAUUUAUUUAAAUGCUAAUAAAGCUGGAAACGAAAAAGGGAAGAAAAAAAGGAAAAUUCCGUUUGGCAAAUAAGAAAUUUAAAAAAAAUAAUAAUAAAAAAUUACAUUUGGUCAAGAAAAAUUAUAGAUUGGAAAAAAUAAUAUAAAUUAUAAUAAUAAAAGAAAAGAGAACAUCUGGAAUAAAAAUCGCGCUCUUAAGAAAACAAAACAAACACACAAAAUAGAACCCACCAACAACAAAAAAAGGAGUUUUUUUUGUUAAAUUUAUUUAAAGUUAAGUUUAUUAUAGUUCCCAAAUAAUUUGGCAAGAGAUUUUGGGAUUAACACAUAAAUUCAAAAAAGAAAAAGAAAAUAGAAGAAUAUUUUCGUUGGACAACACUGGAAAAUUAAAAAUAAAACUCAGUCAAAAUGGAUCCACAACAACAGUUUUGUUUGAAAUGGAACAGUUACUCGUCGAAUUUGGCAAUGACAUUUUCAAAUUUGUUCAAAUCAGAUUUGCUGGCUGACGUGACGUUAUCGUGUAAUGGAACAGUAUUUAAGGCACACAAAUUGAUUUUGGCAGCAUGUUCGAAAAAAUUUGCAGAACUUUUCGAAACAACACCAACAAAUGGACAAUGCGUUGUUAUAUUGGAAGCAACAUCUCCAGAUAAUAUGGCUGCAUUAUUAGAAUUUAUGUACAAAGGUGAAGUGCAUGUAUCACAAGAGGCUCUAAAUAGUUUUCUAAAAUCUGCGGAAAAUUUACAAGUAAAAGGUCUAUCAACAGAACAUGGUAGAUUAGCUGCAGCUCAAGCACAACAACAUGAAACCCCACCACCAGAAUCUCCAUCAGGACGGCGAAAUAAUCGCAAUAGUAUAAGCGGGAAUGGCGGUGGUAAUGGUGGUGGAGUUGGUGGCAAUGGAGGCGGAGGUGGAGGAGGAAAUGCGGGUGGAAAUAAUAACAGCUCAGGCGGGCCCUUGGGCUUGGGAAUUUUAAAACAAGAAUGUGACUCCCUUAUGCACCCGAGCAAUUCAACUUUAGGAAUUCCACCCUAUAUGCCACAAAUGUACAGACCGAUAUCUUUUGAACCACCACGAAAACGUGCCCUCCGCAGUCCAUAUGCCGAACAAGAAAUCCGCGGCAGUGUGUUACGAGAUGGUUCAAAAAAUAGUUCAGAUAGUGCAAGUCCAAAUAGCAAACCCUACAGACCUCUAAGCAGUGCAUCAUCAACCGCACCAACGGAAGCGGACACAAUGCAAUCAGAAAGAGCUUCACCUGAGUCAAGUCGAUAUGAAAAUCACAGUCCAAGUACAACAGCCGGCAAUGGUAAUGCGCCCAGCGGUGCUGGAGCCUGCUUAGACCGGCCGGUAAAAACUGAACGCAAUAAUGGCAGUACAAAUGAGGCUAAGGAAGAGGAAAAGGAUGAUCGUGAAUCAAAUGAUGUAAGGAUAGAUUGCGAAAGUACUACAAAUACGAGUUGUUUUGCGUUGAAGAACGGUGCAGAGGACUUACGUGUUAAAAUGGAAAAUACAAGCUAUUCGCCGCCACCACCGCCAACCUCGAAUACAACGCCAACAACACCCUCGGCAAUACCUGAUAGUGCAUUGGCUGGUGGACUUGCAGCAUCAAUAGCUCCUGCUGAUAUGUUGAAUGUUUGGAAUGCUACAAAACUGAAUAACAAAAAUAGUGGAAUGGUUAAUACAGCCGAUGUUAUUAUUUCUAAAACAACAAAAUCCCCCCUCCAUCCACCAACAGGAAAAAAACUAAAGUGCCUGUACUGUGAUCGUUUAUAUGGAUAUGAAACAAAUUUACGCGCACACAUCCGGCAACGUCAUCAAGGUAUACGAGUUCCAUGUCCAUUUUGUUCGAGAACAUUUACCCGCAACAAUACAGUAAGGCGACACAUUGCACGUGAACAUAAACAGGAAAUCGGUAUUGAUCAUGUACCACAACCGAAUCAUACGCAAUAGGCAACGGCUCCAUCUGUGAGCUCAAGUAAAAAGGCUCAACGUAAAAUCCUCAAAGGACGCAGUUAAAUAAAUAAAUAUAAACAAUAUUUUUCUGUGACAUCCACAACAUGUUUCUAACAAAAACAACAAGAUAAAUAUGCAAUAGAAACAAAAGAUAAAUUAUCAUCAUCAUCAAGAUACGCCGCCGUUGCCGUUGCCGAAGCUGACACUGCUGUUUCCGCCGCCUACUGAAGCUGCUAUUGUUGAAAACUUAAACAACAACAACAACACAACUUGUAAAUUUAGAAAAGAAGAAAAAAAAAGAAAAUUUUGUUACCAUUUUCCUUCAAAUCAAGCCUUCUAAUAUAAAAAUCUGCUUAUGCAUUUCAUCGUUUCUUUACACUUACAAAACUUAUAUGCCUAGUAAAAUAUUUCUUUUAUUAUCAUAUAUGACUGAUAAAAAAUAAUUAAUGAAAUGUCAAAAAAAACAAAUAUUAUUAUUACAACAAAAUAACAUUCAAGCAAUAGAAAAUAUUUUUAUUUAAAAAAAAAUAAUAGUUAUUGUUACAAAAUAUUAUAAUUUUUUUUGUUAAAAAAAUAAGAAUGCAACGCAACCUCUAUUGAUUUGUUUCCUGUUAUUUAAAUAAAUUAUUACUAAACAAGUUAAUUCAAUUUAAAAAAGAAAAUAAUAUCCGACUGAAAAAAGUUUUCAGGGUGCUAUAUGAUAAACAAUAUAUUUAACAAAAAAUAAAUAAAAAAGAAGAAAAAUGAAAAUUAAAAUCAAUUAAAACUAAUUAUCAUACUGUUUUAAUUCUUUUUUUUAAUAUAUUCAUUGUGUAGACAAAAUAUUUAAGAAACAACAAUAAUAUACAAAUAACAAACAAAAUAGUUGCAAUAAAAACAAAAUAAACAAUAAAAUAAGAACAAUUUACAACAACAAGAACUAAAAGUCUGAACGUUUUUGAUUGGUCUCAAAUCAAUCAAACAAUA